AUGCUCAACGCCUGUGAAGACUGGACGAACUGGAUUAAUUCUAUCGAGGACCUUGCUGUGCGUAAUGAUGUCUGGAACUAUUGUGAUCCAGAAGGGAUCGAAAACCUGGUCUUUACUGCGACCAAACCAUCAGACUCAGCGAGCAAGGAUACGAUCCAGAAAUACCACAGCCUCCAGGCUAUCUACGAGAGCGAGAAGAAGAAAUAUGACAAGGUCUCUGAUCGCAUCGACCUCACGGUGUGUCAGGAGUUCAAGCAACACUACCUCGGAAUCCAUGACGUCCGCGGCAAACUCAUCGCGCUGGCUGAUAGCAUCCAACCCAUCGCGAAAGAUCAGAACCAGAAUGUCAGGACCGAGUUCGAAUCGCUUAAGAAAGGCCCUGGC